AGGGGACAAUCUUUUUCUUAAAUAAAAAACUUCAGCCAAACGUGGCCCAAACUUCUUAGCCAUAGCCAGAGCGAAGAAGAGGAAGAAUCGUGAAUAGCUAGAGAGAGGGAAAGGGAGAGAAGAAUGACGAAGGCAAGGAAGAAGGAGCUGAUGGCUUCAGCUCCAUGGAGGGUCAACGAGGAGGCCAACGACGAGUUCAAAAACGCCAAGCUCAAGGUAACAAGCAAGCCAGGGGGCACCUCAACUAUGCAUGUCCCUGGUAAGAAGUCACCUCGCUCCAAGGACCAAGACCCCGAUGAUUCCCUUACCGAAAUCGACCCCGAGCUCCGUUACAGUUUUCAGCGAAAUUUUCAGUUCCUUCAACGAGUUUUUAGUAUUGACACCAUUGUCAAGCCUCUUCCACCUGUCAUGGCUUACAAUGUCUCCCGCAACUUGAGCUUCUUCACUCGCAUUUUCACGCAAUUCUUCGAUCCCGAAGGUAUUGCAAAUGCUCAGAGAUCUCUUGGUAUAGGACAGGAAGAGAGAGCUCGUAAAGUUCGUUGAUGCGAGCAAACAUGAAGGGAUGUAGCAAAUGAUGUUUGCUUGUGUAUUAAGAAUUCUUUUCACAUUCCAGUCUAUGAUGGCUUUAGAUAUUAAAAAUACUUCACUAGCUUAUGUUUUUGUUUUUGCUGAGUCAAACUCGAAAAUGCUACUUUAUCACAUUUUUGCGGUCUGGGUUAAAACGAACAACUUUGCCAGAAGAAAAAUAAUGCAUUUUUUUCUUCAGGGAAA